UUUUUUUUUUUUUAAAGCAACAUCCGAUGUCUGACCUAGGCAGCUCUGAUGCGGAGUCUAGCACUUCGUGUUCCAGUGGCCCUAGUACCUAUAACACUCCUGGAAGAAGCCCAUCCAAAGUCAUGAAAAUGCCUGGCCUUGAGUAUGUGCUCUAUACUGAUUCUGAGUUGGAGCAAGCUAGAAAGUAUUACUUUCAGCAGCAACUCCUCGGAAAAGAACAAGAAUGUUCCCUGUCCAAAGAACUUCGCUGUCGGCUCAUUCGGAAUACUGUGACCAACAUGAUCUCUGUUACGCGUGCUACAGUGAAGGACUUCACUUACCCAUCAAAGCGGGACGUGAUUGCGAUGGCCAAACGGUUGGUGGAGUACUUCCCAAUGUUGCGUGACCGCUCUGUCCUUUGUAAAAAUGAAUGGGAAACAAUUUCUAGACUGCUGAUGAAAAGAUUGCAGAAUGUGAGAACUCCUCGGAAGUCCCGUUCUUCUGAAGAUCCUUCGUCUAGUCCUGGGGUGAAGAAUAAAGGUCCAAAAAAGGGUCGACAUCUAGAAUUUGGGUCUGGAUCCGUGGACAAUCGGUGCACCAUGGCAAAUGACUGCGACACGGAUUCCAGUGGUUCCACUGUGCUUUUAGACAAGUCUUCAUUCAGAGCCAGCACCUCAGAAAGCAGUGAGCAUGAUGAAGCCUCGGGACAGAACAGUCAACUGGAUAGUCAGAAAACCCAGGCCCGACACUACAGAACACUCCAGGAAAUGUACAAGACCAAGAAACCAAACAAUUGUGCUGUGAUUCAGCUCCUUGACUUGGAGUUUCAGUCUCGAAGAGCAUUCAUUGAUUCAGAUGUCAUAAAGGAACAAGAAAAGCCCACCAAAAUCUUCGAGGCAUACCCUUGUUUCAAGGAAAUUGAUCAUGUCAUGGAUGAGUUGCGGAGGAUUCUUCAACCAGCCAAUCAAAGCUUCGUCACAGAACUCCGGCAAAGAUGGAAAACCUUCUGUUCUAAAGUGCAGUUCUAUGGAGUCAUGAAAAAAGUCAUGAGGCCACCAAUGACUUUAGAUGAAGUGCAACAGUCCAUUGACCUCCUGAAGGGCCUUCCAGUACUGUUUCCUUCAGGAGUUGCACCUCCCAAAAAACUGGGGCAACCAAGUGAGGCUCUGUUUCAUAUUGUCACGCCCUCAGAAAAUGCAGCAGCCUUUCUGAGCAGAUUCCCUUUGUCUAGCCCCUUGCUUCUAAUUAACGAGGAGAACUUCGUCAUCAGCUUUGGGAAGAAUCCAGUGACAACGUUUUCCAGAGACCUGCUGCACGAAGGUGUUCUGUAUGUCCUGGCAUACUAUUAUGCACUACAUCUCACAUAUCCCAAGUGCAUUUCCACACUUCUCUCUGUGUUGCAAACUGAAGUGUUGGGUGAUGUGCUCCAUGAGCAGGAUGCCACUGCUUCUUACAAGAGAGCAUUGGCAGAGUGGAAGAAGUUUGCAAAUUAAUAUGCACCAAAACCUGUCUCUGCACCCGUACAAUUAUGUACAUUUGAUACUCCCUGUUGCAUCGCCACCAUCGUUCAUGUGGUAAAUUGUGCGAUACAUGCUCAUAUUAUAUAUGAGCCAAUACUGUUUAUUGUUUUUAUUUUAUUUUUUACAGCAGAUUGUAAGAAUUAAAAAACAAAACAUUUGAUACAAAGUUACUUUAUUUCACUAGUUAAGUUCAAAAUGUGAAACUCAUAUUAUAUAGAUGUAUUACACACAGAGUGAUCUAUUUUAAGUGUUUAUUUC